AUGGACAGCUCUCCCGCCUCGCCUUUGGCCCCCAGGGAUCCCAGCUCCCCUGAAUCUUCGAUCGGCGAACAAAUCGCCACUCUACAGGCCCAGCUUGCCGCUCUGCAGGCCUCGCAACCCGCCGCCGCCGCAGCCGCCGCACCCCCGGCCGUCACCGUCGUGCCGGGGAACGCCGCCACCGCAUCCAAGGUCGUGUUUCCCAAGCACGCUCGUCUGGACGGCCCCAAGUCGUUCACCAACUGGUUGCGUCAACUCCGUCUUGCACUCCCGAACCAGGUUCGUGGUUACGUUCUCGACGGUGUCGUUCCCCCGACCUGGACCGCCGACCAGCUUGCCGCACGUGACGACGCCGCCCGGGAAAUCAUCGUUGGCUCUAUCGACUCCGCCGACGUAUCGGCCACCCUCGACGCAUCCCCAGCGACGACCUGUCGGCACCGCGCAUCUUUGCCGCUCUCAAGGCUCGUUUUGCACCGGACGACGCUACACGCACUCUCGAGUUGUUCGCUCGCCUUUGGGACUUCAGGAAGAUGCCUGCCUCCGUCGAGGCCUACGACACUUGGCUACGCGAGUACAUGUCGAUUGCUCAGGAAAUACGCGACGCCAAAACAUCGCUCAACGACGUGCUCGCCACCCACGUGCUCGCCAUGGUCCCGUCUUGCCUCGACAGCUUCCGACUCACGUUCACGGACGAGCAGCGAAACCGACGCGACCUUCCCGAACUCACGACGCUUACGGACCGCAUUCGCAUCCAGCUUCGUUCGGCAGGACUCUCGACCUCGCAUUCGGCCAUGCUUGCCACCAGCUCCCCUGCCCGCCUGCCGCGCUCCCGGUCACCGCCUGCGCGACUGCACUUCACGUGCGAAGCACCCGCCCACCGGCCCCUGCCGCCGAUGCCACAAGAAAGGUCACUGGGCACUCGACUGCAAGAACCGGGGUGAACAGGCACGUAGCAGCGACGACACCCAGGACGACACGUCUUCCUCCGCGGCCUCGCAACCGAACGUCGGCUAUUUCGCCUCCUGCCUCUUCGCUCGUCGCCAACUCCAACUGACGCCUUUGUAGUCGAUUCGGGUGCCACGACACACAUGGUCGCCGACCGAUCUCUAUUCACGACUUAUCGUCAGACGGCACACACCAAGAUCGGCGGCAUCGCGGGCGGCAUCACGGCUAUCGGCAUGGGGGACGUGGCAUUCGUCGCCAAGACUGGACACCCGAUCACGCUCCGUGGUGUUCUUCACACGCCUGGCCUACACGUCAACCUCCUCUCUGUCUCUCGCCUCUGCGACACCGACCGCGUUCGUCUCGCCUUCACCAGCGACGGCAUCGACAUCGCCAAGGACGGCCGGGCCAUUGCUCACGGUACCAGGGUCAACGACGGUCUUUACCUUUUGGACGCGGAUCACACCAAGUGCCAGCAUCUUGCCUUCCUCUCACGCUCUGAGUCUCCCGUGCCCCUGCUUACCCUACACCGCUGCCUCGGCCAUCUUGCCCCAUCCUCUAUACAGAAGAUGAUUGCUGCAGGUUUGCUGGACGGGUUUGGGGCCGGGUACAGUGACAAAGACGUAGAGGAGUUUGUUUGCAAUGCUUGCCUUGGUUCCAAAGGUCACCGCCUUCCCUUUCCCGACUCUGAGUCGCAUUCCGCCGAGAGACUUGGCCUCGUGCACAGCGACGUCCUGUCGUUCCCCACUCCGUCCUUGACCGGGAAGCGCUACCUUGUCACGUUUCUAGACGACCACUCUCGCAAACUCUGGGCAUAUGCGAUCGAUCACAAAAGCGAUGUUUUCCCGACCUUCCAGACUUGGCUCGCCGAAGUGGAGUUAGAGACGAACGCGCGGUUGAGGAUCCUUCGAACCGACAAUGGCGGGGAGUACCGAUCAAACGCAUUCACGGAGUUCUGCAAAUCCAAGGGCAUUCGUCGUCAAUACUCUAUCCCUUACACGCCUCAACAAAACGGUCGCGCCGAACGUGUCAACCUCUCCAUCGUCGAGGGCGUCCUCGCUCUCCUUGCGGACGCCCGUCUGCCGGCCACCUUUUGGGAUGAAGCGGCUGCGUAUUUCGUUUAUUGCAAAAACAGGUGCUCACACUCAGCUUUGGCCAAACAGACUCCAGAAUCCGUUUGGAACGGCCAACGCACCACCGCCACCGCCCUCCACCCGUUCGGCUGCACAGCCUGGCUCACGGUCGCCCCGGACCUUCGCAGCAAGCUCGACCCCAAGGCCGCGCGCGUGAUCUUCACAGGUUACGACCUCGCCUCCAAAGCUUUCCGUUUCUUUGACCAUUCCAUCAACAAGAUUGUACUUGGUCGCAAUGCCACCUUCCUCGACGACGACUUCCCCGGCCUGCCAGUCACCACGCCCGUCGAUGCAGACGACACCGACCGUCAGUUCGUCGUUCCCGCCGACACGCCCGCCCCUGCCGUCAAGACGAGGACCCCACUAGUAAGGUCGGCGCACAUGGACGUCUCAUCCUCCCUUGAUGAUUCUGCCAUGAGCGCCGUUGACGUGGCCCCAGGGUACACUGGCGGAACCUUACUUAAUUCCACAGAUACCGAAUCGUCCUCGUCACCGUCUCCUGAGCCGUCCUCGUCACCGUCGCCCACAAACCCUUUGUCACCGUCGCCUGCGCUGUCACCGUCGUUGGCAGCGUCAUCGUCACCCUCGGUCUCACCGACCGACUCUGACUACUCCGCCGACCCUCUGGACCUCAUCGGCUCACAGACCCCGACUCGCCUUGGCCCACCGGACGUGCACCGCCCAGACUUCAGCACGUACCGUGAGCCCGCAUCGGCUGAGGAGUCGCCCGACGAACUCGACAUCAUUGGGCGUCACUCGCGCGAUGAAUCGCCGGAUGAAAUCGAUUUCCUCACCCAACACCACCGCGCCUUCAUCGCCACAGACGACGACGACCCCACCCUCGACGCCAUCGAGCCCGUCAAAUCGAUCACUAGCGACCCCCAGACCUGGCGCGAAGCAAUGUCCAGCGACGAGCACAACAUCUGGGCUGAGGCCGCCGCCGCCGAGUUCACCGCCAUGCGCGACGACUUCAAGGUGUUCACCAUCGAGCCUCGCUCAUCUGUACCGCCGGGCGCCACCAUCGUCACCUCCAAAUUCGUCUGGAAGACCAAGCGCAACGCAAGCGGUGAAGUCAUGGGGCGGAAGGCACGUCUUGUAGCGCAGGGUAACCGACAGCGCGACGGCAUCGACUUCUCAGAAACCUUCGCACCCGUCGCCCGUUUCUCCUCCAUUCGCUGCCUCCUGGCUCUUGCCGCUGCCAAUGGCUACCACGUUCAUCAGGCCGACAUCGACAAGGCUUACCUCCACGGCGAGCUCGAUCAUGAUAUCUGGAUGACGACACCACGCGGUUUCGACUUCCCGAGCGAUAAGGUUCUCCGGCUGCGACGCUCAAUCUACGGUCUCAAGCAGGCCGGUCGCAUCUGGAAUCGUCACAUUGACACAUCACUCAGGAAUCUGGGGUACAAGGCAACAGGCACUGAUCACUGCAUUUACUCUUGCAUUGACGAUCAGCAGCGGCCUCACUAUAUCGCCUUGUAUGUCGACGACCUCCUCAUUGUCAGUCCAGCCCUCGACGAGAUCGAACGUGUCAUCUCCGGCCUUGAACAGCGGUACGGCGUCAAACGACUCGGCCCCGCGGAGUACAUCCUCGGAAUCCAAAUACGCCGCCUGGACGACGGUUCCAUUGCUCUAUCCCAGGAGCGCUACAUCAUGGACGUGCUGGCCCGUUUCCACUUCGACACCACGACACGCGGCACUACGGUGCCGAUGACGCCCGGCCUCUCGCUCACGGCAAUUCCGGGUCAGGGAACGGAGCGCAUUCGUUCGUGGUACCUACAGGCCAUCGGCUCCCUCCUCUACAUCUCCCUUGGCACUCGACCCGACAUUGCCUUCGCCGUCUCGUACCUGUCCCGGUUCGCCAACAACCCCGGCCGCCGCCAUUGGAUUGCCGUCAAACACGUCCUUCGCUACCUUCGCGCCACGUACCGCGAUGAGCUUCUCUAUGCCCGCGGCCCAGCAAAAGUCACGGGUGUGGUUGGUUAUUCUGAUGCGAACUGGGGCGCCUGCGUCGACACAUCCAUUUCAACGAUGGGCUACGUAUUUUACUUGGCAGGCGCCGCUGUCUCUUGGUCGUCGAAGCGUCAGACUCGGGUAGCGGAUUCCACCACUGAUGCCGAGUACCUGGCCUUGUCGCACGCGGGUAAGGAAGCGAUCUACCUUAACCAACUCCUCUCCGAGCUCCACGUUUGCCCAAUCGCUGCAGCUCACAUCUUCACCGACAACGAGGCCGCGGCCGCCGUCGCUCACGACCCCGUUCGCACCUCCGGCACCCGGCACAUUCGCCUCCGCGAGCAUUUUGUCCGUGACAUGGUCAAUCGAGGUGAUAUCUCUCUCUCACACGUUGGCACAGCAGACAUGGUUGCGGACGUAUUCACCAAAGCGCUAGGCCCCAAGAUUUUUGGUACACAUUGCUAUGCUCUAGGCCUCCGGACGCGACAUCCACGGCUCAAGUCUACCUCGCGUUCGCGUGGGGGGGGUGUGAGGAAUCCACUCUCCGCUCGGCUCAGGACUUAGGCGCGCGGAGCGAACCGGGCGCGGACUUAGGCGCGCGGAGUGAGCCGGGCGCCCCGGCCCAGGACCUAGGCGCGCGAAGCGAGCCUGGGACUUAGGCGCGCGGAGCGAGCCUGGGCCAUUGGCUCAGCCCCAGGCUCGCUGGCUGUGGACUUGGGGUGCGCGGGUCUCUUAUUGUUAGCUUCCUAUUCAUCACUCUUGGCUAUAACUACAUCGCUGACGUAGUAGAGUUGAUCGAAUAGGUAUGUUGAAAUGCAUUCAUCACUCUUGGCUAUAACUACAUCGCUGACGUAGUAGAGUUGAUCGAAUAGAGGUAGAGAAGUUUGUCUGCAAUGCUUGCCUCAGCGCAAAGGGCCAUCGUCUUCCCUUUCCCGAUUCGGAUUCGCACUCCUCAGAGAGACUCGGCCUUGUACACAGCGAUGUGCUUUCCUUCCCCGAGCGGUCCUUGACUGGCAAACGUUACCUGGUCACAUUCCUUGACGAUUACUCGCGCAAACUCUGGGCCUACGCAAUCGGACACAAAAGCGAAGUCUUCGGCAUAUUCAAAACUUGGCUAGCCGAGGUUGAACUCGAGACGGGUGCGACGCUGAAGGUCCUCCGAACCGACAACGGUGGCGAAUACUGUUCGAGAGCGUUCACAGAGUUCUGCAAGACACGAGGCACCCGUCGACAAUACUCUAUCCCACGCACGCCUCAACAGAACGGUCGUGCAGAGCGGGUCAAUCGUUCCAUUGUCGAAGGCGUCCUUGCCCUCCUUGUCGACGCCCACCUACCCAAGACAUUCUGGGAGGAGGCUGCAGCUUAUUUCGUUUACUGCAAGAACCUGUGUCAACACGCGGCCCUGGACAAGGCAACACCAAACUCCGUCUGGCAGGGUGACCACACCACUGCCUCGGCGCUUCACCCGUUCGGCUGUACAGCUUGGCUUACGGUCGCGCCCGAACUUCGCUCCAAACUCGACCCGAAGGCGGUUCGCGUUUUUUUCACCGGCUACGACCUGGCUUCAAAAGCCUUUCGCUUCUACGACACUACAACACAGAAGAUUAUACUUGGCAGAAAUGCCACGUUCCUCGACACUGAAUUCCCCGGAUUACAUGGCGACCCCACUGAGCAAGACGGCGACACGCACUUCGCCAGCGCUCCCACCACCGAAUCUCAAACCGUUGUCAAGACAUGGACCCCACUAGUAAGGUCGGCGCACAUGGACGUCUCAUCCCCCCUUGAUGAUUCUGCCAUGAGCGCCGUUGACGUGGCCCCAGGGUACACUGGCGGAACCUUACUUAACUUCACAGAUGCCGAAUCGUCCUCGUCACCGUCGCCUGCGUCGCCCUCAUCACCGUCGUCUGCGCCAUCGCCUGCACUUUCACCAUCGUCGGCUGCGUCAUCGUCACCCUCGGCCUUACCGACCGACUCUGAAGACUCCGCCGAUCCCCUCGACCUCCUCGGCUCACAGCCCCAGGUUCGCCUCGAUCUACAGGACGUGCACCACCCAGACUUCAGCACGUACCGCGAGCCCGCAUCGGCUGAGGAGUCGCCCGACGAACUCGACCUCAUUGGGCGCCACUCUCGCGACGAAUCUCCGGACGAAAUCGAUUUCCUCACCCGACACCACCGCGCCUUCAUCGCCAUCGACGACGACACCUCUGACACAGAGGCAAUUCAGCCAGUCAAGUCCAUCACGAGCGACCCACAGACCUGGCGCGAGGCGAUGUCUAGCGACAAGCGUGAAGUAUGGGCCAAAGCCGCCACCGACGAGUUCACCUCCAUGCGCGACGACUUCAAGGUCUUCACCAUCGAGGACCGAGCCACGGUGCCCGCGGGUGCGACUAUCGUUGUUGAACUUUGCUCCAUCUCACUUCUAGGACAAUAUGCGCUCACUGAAGUAGAGGUGCCUCGCCUUUUGGUGCAGUGGUAUAUUGUUCCUUCAUAGGUUAUGAGCCCAGAGCAACCAGCAGGUCAUGAGUUCAAUCCCCCCUGGGGUCAGGCAAUUUUGCGCGCAUACACUCAGCGUCCCGGCCCCCGCACUUGCCCAGCGGCGUGCCAAGCACCCUGGCGCAUCGACAGUGCUCACAGUGCCCAAGCUGCACUUGCCCAAGCGACCUGAUCAACAUGCCCAGUUGCCUCACAGCCGCACCCACUGCCACAAGCUCUUCAGCUUCGCGCACAGGGGGGUGUUGAACUUUGCUCCAUCUCACUUCUAGGACAAUAUGCGCUCACUGAAGUAGAGGUGCCUCGCCUUUUGGUGCAGUGGUAUAUUGUUCCUUCAUAAUCGUUACAUCCAAGUUCGUCUGGAAAACGAAACGGAACGCACUCGGCGAAGUCACUGGACACAAGGCAAGGCUGGUCGCGCAAGGCAAUCGGCAACGCGACGGCAUCGACUUCAACGAAACGUUCGCACCGGUCGCACGCUUCUCCUCGAUACGCUCACUCCUCGCGCUGGCGGCCGCCAACGGCUUGCACGUGCACCAGGCGGACAUCGACAAAGCAUAUCUGCAUGGCGACCUUGACCACGACAUCUGGAUGACGGCACCGCGCGGCUUCGACCUUCCCAGCGACAAGGUGCUUCGCCUGCGACGCUCCAUCUACGGGCUCAAACAGGCUGGCCGAAUCUGGAAUCGACACAUCGACGCUUCGCUUCGGGCCCUCGGUUACACGGCGACGGGCACCGACCACUGCGUAUACUCUUGGCUCGAUGAUCGUCAAUGUCCACACUACAUCGCACUGUACGUCGACGACCUCCUGAUGAUCAGCCCGGAACUGGCCGAAAUCGAACGUGUCAUCUCAGGCCUGGACCAACGCUACGGAGUCAAGCGCCUCGGCCCGGCCGAGUAUAUCCUCGGCAUCCAGAUCAGGCGGUUCGACGACGGCUCUAUCGCCCUAUCCCAGGAACGGUACAUCAUGGACGUGCUCGCUCGGUUCCACUUCGACACCACGACUCGCGGCACUACAGUUCCGAUGACUCCCGGCCUUUCGCUCACUGCUAUCCCGGGUCAAGGCACCAAACGGAUCAGGUCAUGGUAUCUGCAGGCUAUCGGCUCGCUCCUCUACAUUUCGCUCGGUACCCGCCCUGACAUCGCCUUCGCCGUGUCCUACCUGGCCCGCUUCGCCAACAACCCCGGUCGUCGUCAUUGGAUUGCGGUCAAGCACAUCCUACGCUAUCUCCGGGCCACGUAUCGCAACGAACUCGUGUAUGCUCGCGGCCAGGCUCGCAUCACGGGUGUGGUAGGCUACUCCGACGCGAACUGGGGGGCCUGCAUCGACACAUCGGUGUCCACCAUGGGCUACGUCUUCUACAUCGCUGGCUCGGCCGUGUCCUGGUCGUCCAAACGCCAGUCUCGAGUUGCCGAUUCGACCACCGACGCUGAAUACCUCGCCCUCUCGCAUGCUGGCAAGGAAGGGAUUUACCUCAGUCAGCUGCUCGAAGAGCUCCAUGUACAACCUGUUGCACCGGCUCACAUCUUUACUGACAACGAAGCCGCUGCUGCAGUUGCUCACGAUCCUGUCCGCGUCUCUGGCACUCGGCACAUACGCUUGCGUGAGCACUUCGUUCGGGACAUGGUGAAUCGGGGCGACAUCUCUCUCUCGCAUGUGGGUACCAGCGACAUGGUGGCCGACAUCUUCACCAAGGCUCUCGGCCCAAAGGUCUUCUCAACGCACUGCUACGCCCUCGGCCUUCGCACUCGACACCCGCGGCUUGGGUCUGCCUCGCAUUCGCGUGGGGGGGGUGUGAAGAGUCCACUCUCAGCUCGACAGGGGCGCCUCGGUCGUUGCGCGCACUUGCUAGCCCGCCCCCGGCGGUGGGGACUUAGACGCGCGCGACUGCCUCAGCGCGCCAGCGCCGGCGGAUUCAUGCGCGCGCCCGCUAGCCCGCCCCCUUGCGGUGGGGACUUAGGCGCGCCGGCGAUUUCACCCGCGGCUGACUUAGGGAUGUACAUUGUCACGCGCCUGGGACUAUCCCAGCGUGGCCCCCCCCCCUUUCUGUUUCUUAGCUUCCUUCUCAUCACUUCUGUUCGACUCUCAACCUCUCCUGACAGUAG